UCUUCCUCGGCACAAGCUCAGGGAUACACCACCAGGCAGGACCUAGAACGAGAACAGGCGAGAGAGGAGGGCAAGAAGAGAAAGCUGGGUGGAAUCUACAUUAACUCAAGCCUUAAGAUGGAGCUUUUUGAGACCAACCCAUACUUCUUCCCAGACCAGAGGUUUUACGAAGGGGGUGACAACUUCUUUUCAGGUUCCAGGCUGACAGGAGGUUUUGACCAAGCAGGAUACCAAGACAGGAGCUCCAUGGUCGGGCUUUGUGGGGACAGCAGGCUGCUGCCUGGCAGCAUUGGGCUGGAGGACAAACCAUCCCCAACAUCUACUGUAGGUCUUUCGCUCUCGCCAACCCAAGAACAGCAGCACUGUCCGGGUCAGUGCCUGCCCUGGGCCUGCAAGGUGUGCAAGCGCAAGUCGGUGACCAUGGACCGGCGGCGGGCGGCCACCCUGCGGGAGAAGCGGAGGCUCAAGAAGGUAAAUGAGGCCUUUGAGGCACUCAAGCGCAGCACACUGAUGAACCCCAACCAGAGGCUGCCCAAGGUGGAGAUCCUGAGAAGUGCCAUCCAGUACAUCGAGAGACUGCAGGCACUGGUCAGUUCCCUUAACCAGCAGGAACAUGAUCAGGCUGGACUGCACUACAGGGGCAUGGCCCCACAGAGGGUGUCCUCCUCAAGUGAGCAGGGGUCUGGAAGCACCUGCUGUAGCAGUCCAGAGUGGAGCAGUGCCUCUGAGCACUGUGCCCCCGCCUACAACUCCACUCAUGAAGAUCUCCUCAAUGAAGAUUCUUCGGAGCAGGCCAACUUGAGAUCCUUGACAUCCAUCGUGGACAGCAUCACAGGCACAGAGGCUACACCGGUCACUUACUCCGUAGACAUUACCAAAUGAAGGAGAAAUGGGGUGAAGAAAUGUUGGAAAUUGCCCCAAUAGGACGUCCAUGUCCAGAAAACCUAUAACGGCAGCACUACCUACGACACUGAAGCUGAGAAACUACAAAAAAACCACAAAACCAAAAAAACGAAACCAACCCCCUGGGGUUUCAUUUCCAAGCAAAAUGUAGUGGUCCAUAACAAAUAUUUCCAGUUUUUUCUUAUCUUUGGAAGGAUGCAGGCUAGCUAGUCUAGACCUAAGACAGGAGUAGCAAAGGCAAACUCAUACUGAAACCUUUCCUUGAUUGUUCUCGUUUCUUGCAUUCUUUUUUUUUGUGCGUGUGUGUUAUGCUUACCAACAAAUAUUAAUUUGUGGGGCCAAUGUUUUAUGACAGUUUGACCAAUAUCUGCUUAAUUUAAACUAGUUCCAAAAUGCCAUGUAAAUACGUUCCUAUUUUCUACAGAGUGUUUGUUUGUUUUUGUUUUUUUUUUUGCUAUUUUAUUUUCUAUUUUUUUGUUUGUUUUGUG